UUUGUCCGCCGGCCGGGCGAGCUGCGGGCGCGGCGGCGGCGGCGUCCGAGCGGCCGGUCGGAGCCCGCGCGGCGGCUGAGGCGGCGGCACCCCCGCGGCCGGCCGCCCGCGCCCGCGCGCCGAGGCGAUGCCGGACCAGAUCUCCGUGUCGGAAUUCGUGGCCGAGACCCAUGAGGACUACAAGGCGCCCACGGCCUCGAGCUUCACCACGCGCACCGCGCAGUGCCGGAACACGGUGGCGGCCAUCGAGGAGGCUUUGGACGUGGACCGGAUGGUUCUUUACAAAAUGAAGAAAUCCGUGAAAGCAAUAAAUAUCUCUGGGCUGGCUCACGUGGAAAAUGAAGAGCAGUACACCCAGGCUCUGGAGAAGUUCGGUGGCAACUGUGUGUGCAGAGACGACCCGGACUUAGGAAGUGCAUUCCUGAAGUUCUCAGUGUUCACAAAGGAGUUGACGGCACUUUUCAAAAACCUGAUUCAGAAUAUGAACAACAUCAUCUCCUUCCCUCUGGACAGUCUGCUGAAGGGGGACCUGAAAGGCGUGAAAGGGGAUCUGAAAAAGCCUUUUGAUAAAGCUUGGAAGGACUAUGAAACAAAAAUCACCAAAAUUGAAAAGGAGAAGAAGGAGCAUGCCAAGCUGCAUGGGAUGAUUCGCACCGAGAUCAGCGGGGCUGAAAUCGCCGAAGAGAUGGAGAAGGAGAGGCGGCUUUUCCAGCUCCAGAUGUGCGAGUACCUGCUGAAGGUCAAUGAAAUUAAGAUUAAAAAGGGAGUGGAUUUACUUCAGAAUCUGAUCAAAUACUUUCAUGCCCAAUGCAAUUUUUUCCAGGAUGGACUGAAAGCAGUUGAGAACCUCAAGCCUUCCAUUGAGACACUUUCAACAGACCUUCACACAAUCAAGCAGGCCCAGGAUGAAGAAAGAAGGCAGUUGAUACAGCUUCGCGAUAUUUUGAAAUCAGCCUUGCAGGUUGAACAGAAAGAGGAGUCACAAAUUCGCCAGAGUACAGCCUAUAGUUUACAUCAGCCUCAGGGAAACAAAGAGCACGGGACCGAGCGGAACGGCAGCCUGUACAAGAAGAGCGAUGGGAUCCGAAAAGUGUGGCAGAAAAGGAAGUGUUCGGUUAAAAACGGUUUUCUGACCAUAUCCCACGGCACCGCUAACCGGCCUCCCGCGAAGCUCAACCUGUUAACCUGUCAAGUGAAGACCAACCCCGAGGAGAAAAAGUGUUUUGACCUUAUUUCACAUGACAGGACGUACCACUUCCAAGCAGAAGACGAACAGGAAUGCCAAAUAUGGAUGUCUGUGCUGCAGAACAGCAAAGAAGAAGCUUUAAACAAUGCAUUUAAGGGGGAUGACAACACCGGGGAAAAUAACAUCGUCCAAGAGCUGACCAAGGAGAUCAUCGCGGAAGUGCAGAGGAUGACGGGCAAUGACGUGUGCUGCGACUGCGGAGCGCCAGAUCCUACCUGGCUCUCCACCAAUCUGGGCAUCCUGACCUGUAUUGAGUGUUCCGGAAUCCACCGAGAGCUCGGGGUUCACUAUUCCAGGAUGCAGUCCCUGACGUUAGAUGUAUUGGGAACGUCUGAGCUGCUGCUUGCCAAGAAUAUUGGGAAUGCAGGCUUCAAUGAGAUCAUGGAGUGUUGCCUUCCGGCUGAGGACUCGGUCAAACCCAACCCGGGCAGCGACAUGAAUGCCAGGAAGGACUACAUUACUGCCAAGUACAUUGAGAGGAAAUACGCAAGGAAAAAGCAUGUGGAUAAUGCAGCCAAACUCCACAGCCUUUGUGAGGCCGUCAAAACCAGAGAUAUUUUUGGAUUACUCCAAGCGUAUGCUGAUGGUGUGGAUCUUACAGAAAAAAUCCCACUGGCCAACGGACACGAGCCAGAUGAAACUGCCCUGCAUCUUGCAGUCAGAUCGGUGGACCGGACUUCUCUCCACAUCGUAGACUUUUUAGUCCAGAACAGUGGGAACCUGGAUAAGCAGACAGGGAAGGGCAGCACCGCCCUGCACUAUUGCUGCCUGACGGACAACGCCGAGUGCCUGAAGCUGCUCCUGCGGGGGAAGGCCUCCAUCGAGACAGCUAACGAGUCGGGGGAGACGCCACUGGACAUCGCCAGACGCCUCCGGCAUGAGCACUGUGAGGAGCUGCUGACCCAGGCCUUAUCUGGGAGGUUCAAUUCCCACGUCCACGUCGAGUAUGAGUGGCGGCUGCUCCACGAAGACCUGGAUGAGAGCGAUGACGACGUGGACGAGAAACUGCAGCCCAGUCCCAGUCGGCGAGAAGACCGGCCCGUCAGCUUCUACCAGCUGGGGUCCAGCCAGCUGCAGUCGAAUGCCGCGUCUUUGGCCAGAGAUGCCGCCAGCCUGGCCAAGGACAAGCAGAGGGGCUUUGUGCCCAGCAUCUUGCAGAACGAGACGUACGGAGCCAUCCUCAGUGGCAGCCCGCCGCCCUCCCAGCCCGCGGCCCCCAGCACGGCCAGCGCCCCCCCACUGCCCCCGCGGAACGUUGCCAAAGUUCAGCCAGCCUCCUCCGCUAACGCCCUGUGGAAGACAAACUCUGUAAGUGUGGACGGUGUAAGCAGGCAGCGAUCUUCGUCAGAUCCGCCAGCUGUCCAUCCACCGCUGCCCCCUCUUCGCGUGACAUCUACCAAUCCCCUGGCUCCCACGCCACCCCCUCCGGUGGCAAAAACGCCCAGUGUGAUCGAAGCCUUGGGCCAGCCGAGCAAGUCUGCCCAGCCUGGGAUCCCGCUGAGCAAAGCCCCGCCCCCGCCCCUGCCACCCCAGCCGCCCAGCCGCCUCCCGCAGAAGAGGCCUGCUCCCGGGGCUGACAAGUCGAUCCCACUGAUCAACAAAGGCCAGCCGAGAGGACCUGCAGUGGAUCUCUCUGGAACAGAAGCUCUGGGUCCUCUGUCCAACAGCGCGGUCCUCCAACCCCCAGCCCCCAUGCCCAGGAAGUCACAGACCACCAAGUUAAAGCCCAAGCGGGUCAAAGCUCUCUAUAACUGUGUGGCCGACAACCCAGACGAGCUGACGUUCUCCGAGGGGGAUGUGAUCAUCGUGGAUGGGGAGGAGGACCAAGAGUGGUGGAUUGGCCACAUUGACGGAGAUCCCAGUCGCAAAGGAGCAUUUCCUGUAUCAUUUGUGCACUUUAUUGCUGACUGAAUUGCUACUGAACAAAAAAACACUUCUUUUAACGCUCGUUAUGUUCCUGUUUUGUUAUUGGUACCAAAACUCUUGCCAGAAUGACCCGUUUCAUGAAAUGUAUUGUACGGUAGCCCCACUUUCUCUAACACCGCUCUUCUGUUUUACAAACUCAAAGGCAACUUUAUGUGUAUAAAUGAAUUGUUUUUAUAAUUUGUGGUUUUCAUGAAAUACUGCCAUACUUUUAUUAGGAAAAACUGAAUUUCCUAAAAGGUGAACUGAGAAGUCAUUUUAACUACAUAAUCGAGACCCUCAAUCUACAGAUUUAGCUGAACCUAAAAGUUUGAGGAUUAGAAAUUCUUCAGCUUUCCUUGGCCUGCUUCUAGGGUCGGUUACUACAGUUGUCUUAGGUUGGUAAACUUGCUUUAGAAGUAGCCCAGUCCUGGACUGUCUAGAAAAAAUGCUAUCAGUUCACCUUUAAAGACUUUUUUUUUUUUUUUUUUUUUUAAAGAAACCUUUAAAGAGUUCCUUUGAAACCCACCCAAGGCUUAGCUAAAGCAACUUGGAAAUUUACACCUUAGCGUUGUACUUUCCAGCCCUCAUCUGUGAGGUUGCAACUAUCAUUGUAUUCUGCAUGUGCGUGUAGCCUGUUGUGAACAAUCCUGCUUAACCAAACUACCCAUGGUUUAUUACGGCAUAUGGUCAUAGCGGUUAAUUCAGUUCCACGUUAGAGAAAACUGCAUUUCCUGAAUUUGGUUGAAAACUAAGGAUGAUGGAUUGCAAAACAGUUCUUUAAACUAGUCUAUACGCUUUAGGUGUCUUGGAACUUGCCUUCUUGACCCUCCUCCGUCACCCAGCUCGAGUACCGUGGCGCAGACCCCACUGUGUUCACACACACUUGCUGUUUCCUGUUGAGUGUACCACUGCCUUCCCUCUCCGGCUCCCCAAGAAUGUUUACUCAAUUUAGUGGCUUGUAUUUAUAUACUAUACCAACAGGAAUGGUAGUUAUGCUGUCUUGAAAUUGAAUCUGUCCAUUUGUAAUCAAGAGCAUAUCCGAAAUUUGUAGGUCCCGGGUAAUACUCCUGAACAGACAUCCCACUGUCACUGCUAAAAUCCAUCACGUCAUUCUUACUGGGGGUAGGGGGAUUAGGUUGUGUAUGACAAACCAAAAUUCAUGAGUUUAACGAACUUGAUUAUCAUACCUCUAUUUAGUAAUUGUGAGUAUAAGAUUCGUGAUAGGAAUAUUGGACAUUGUGGCACUCUCUGAAAAUAUAUAGGUCUAUAAUGCCCACUCGGAUUUUGACCAGAAGUGAAGGGAUAAGCUUAGGUCUAGGCUUGGAAAGCGAGGCGGCGAUGUUUUCAUCGCACGGUUACGAUGGUACAUUUGAUCGGAGCAGCCUGUCUUUAUUAGGCAAGACUCUUGUAAGUGCAGAGCUUUUUUUUUUUUUUUUUAAUUAUUAAUUGCAUUCUACUUUUUAUUGUUUUUAUAAAGGAAAACAGAACAAACUGGAAUGUUUUAUGAUGUGGUGUGGCAACUGCUUUUUGCCUUUCAAAGUUCCGGGUAAAAACGUUAGAUCUGUAAUUAAAUUUGGUUGGGUUUUCGGUAUUUUGUUUUUGUUUUUUUUUGGUUUUUGGUUUUGUUUUGUUUUUAAAGCACUACAUGUAUUUUCACUAAUUGUUCAUUUCUGUCGUUUGAACCCUUCAUUUGGUUAAUUCCCUCAUAGAUUUAAGAAAGUAAACAGGUAUAUUUUGCACAGUGCACUUCUUAUGUAUAUUUUAACACAGUCCUUUUGCAUUCGUGUCUUAUAAUCAGCCUUUUGACUACUUGGUGCCAGCUUUAUAAGGAAUUAAAGUUGAUUCUCACUGACAUUCAGACACCGGUCCCAAACUAAUCUAUCAGGUUCACUGGUACAGAAAUAUCUAGGAAAUAUUUUUUCCACUCGGCAAUUUGGUGGUGCUAUUGUGCAGUCGUUAACAUUACUCUUGCCAGAGGAGAAAUUCUAGUACCUUCCCUGCUAACAUCCUUUCCUAGUUCUUUGCUCUUUGCAAAUCAAAAAAACAACCUGAGAGAAAGGAAAACAUUGUAGAUAUCUAUUUAUAUUUGAAGUUGAUGCUUCACGAACGUAGCUGCAGGACGCUGGCAUGUCGUGUGCCGUUUUCCAUCAGACGCGACUUCGAGGGAUGAGGCCCCACACGUGCACAGACUCCCAGCUCCCGUGUGGUCUGCUGAGGGGUGGAUGGUGUGGCCUGCAGCUCAGAACGCUACUCGAGACAAUGAUACUCCGUUCAUUCGCUUGAUUGCUCUGAUCUGGUUGCAGCGCAACUGUAUAUAUUGUAUAACCUAAAUCGAUUCUUAUUUUCGUUGUCCUUAAUGCAGUGAUUUAUAAUUAGAGCAUGUUCAGUAAGUUGGCUCUUCCCGCGAACUAGUCAUUUGACUGGAAAAAAAUAAAACACCUGUAAAUGGACAUAGUGUUAUUUUUAAUGUUUUUAAUCCUUUAAGCAUUGCAUAUUAAAAUGGUCCUUUAGAAAAACCCA